AUGGGCCACAAGCUGCUAGAGAAACAAACUGAUCUGAACAUCUCAACUCCUCAGAAGGUUCUGAGUAAAAACAAAGGGCGAUUUUCCCCCUUGUCAGCUCUUCCCUCCCAGGACAUUAUACUGUAUGCAAAACUGGUGACUCAAGCACUCAACAGCGUGGCCCCUUCUCAAGACACAGCCAUGCAUGUGCCAGCAAGCUCUGUCGCCAGCCAUUUGGGAACCACGAGCCGGAGUUAUUUCUACUUCACCACAGCCACCCUGGCAGUGUGUCUCGUCUUUGCUGUGGCAACCAUUAUGGUGUUGGUGGUUCAGAGGACGGACUCCAUUUCCAGCCCACCUGACAAUUCCCCCCUUAAAGGAGGAAAUUGCUCAGAGGACAUCUUAUGUAUGCUGAAAAGGGCUCCAUUCAAGAAGUCAUGGGCCUACGUCCAAGUGUCAAAACAUAUAAACCAAACCAAGUUGUCUUGGAACGCAGAUGGCAUUGUUGAUGGAGUCAAACAUAAAGAUGGGAAUCUGGUGAUCCAGUUCCCAGGUUUGUACUUUAUCAUUUGCCAACUGCAAUUUCACGUGACUCAAUGCCCAGAAAAUUCUGUCGACCUGAAGUUGGAGCUUCUCGUCAACGAGAUGGUCAAAAAGCAGGCACUGGUGACGGUGUGUGAGUCUGGAGUGAAAACCAGAAAUAUAUACCAGAAUCUCUCACAAUUCUUGCUGGAGCACCUUCAGGUCAACACCACCAUAUCAGUCAGGGUGGAUAAAUUCCAGUUUGUGGAUACAGACACCUUCCCUCUUGAAAAUGUGUUGUCCAUCUUCUUAUACAGUAGUUCAGACUGAGCAAUUUUUCCUGGCCUUCAGGAAAAGAGAAACUCUCCACCAUAUAAUACUGCCUUCACCCAAACACCUGAACAAAAAAGAAAACUUUAGACCAAGACGGAAACCACAAAGAGUAUUAAAUAGAAUUCUUCUCCUCCUUUCUCUUGGAAAGAUACAGCUCCAGGGUUUAAAAGGUUUUGAGUGAAGUAUCUUUCAGAGAAAAUGCAGGGAAGUAGUGUUGUAUGGUGGACAGAGCCCCAUAUGGGAAUCAGAAAGGAUGGGUAUAUACCCAGCCCUACCACUAACUCACUGUAUGAUCUUGGGCCAUUCCUUCACCUCCCUAGAACUCAAAAUCCAUGUCUGAAAAAUGAGGGGGCUAGAUCUGAUCUUCCCCAAGGUCUCUUCCAUCUCAGAAGACCAGACUUUCUCAUUACAGACCUGUGAGCUGAGAUUCCACAUAGUGUUACGAAGCCCCCAACCAAAGAAAGGCCCCUAAACUUGUACAAAACUGAUGGUACUAGUAGCAUCGGGCUGCUGUGUACUUCAGCAGAGUCAGAAUAUGGGGACAAGGUUCAGGGUGCCUUGCAGAAAUGUAAGAACUGCAGGAUUCAAAAAUAUGUAACAGAAAGCACUGCCAAACUGACUGUUCAGAAAUCCAGACUCUAAAAGACCAUCUGGCUAUUUGGAAAACCAUCCAAUUGGGCCUGACUCUAUUCCAGUUAAGAUUAACAAUAAGUUGACAGCAGACAGUAUUGGUGUCCUGUCAGGAAAGGGCUGUGCAUUCAGCAAACACUCAAUCAUCAAGCAAUAACCAAGGCAAUGCAGUCAUUUAGCCAGGGAAUAGCUGCUGCCACCUCUCACAUGAUCUGUUUCUACUCCUUGUUUCAAAUAUCUCUCAGAAAACCAUUUCUGUGGAGGAUUUCUAAGUCCCCACAAAGCUGAAAAUGGUGAGGAGAACUUCUGAGGAAUGGCAAUCUCCUCUACUGAUUUGAGUAGCUAUGAGACUUCUCUAGCUACAUCAACCUUUGCAUCUCUCCAGCAUCUUUCGAGAAGCACCUUAUAUGUUUGAAAGAAGAGACUUUAACAAACCAUUUGAGUAGGUGUGAAAGUCCCUGAGGUUAUGCUUCAGUAAGAAGAGACAAAAGACAGACUUCUAACUUUCAUGCAAAAGAAUGGAGUGAAACUUGCAUUUUUCUGGAGAAGGAGAGAAGAGAAAAAACAAAAGGAAUAGGAAUCCAGGCAAGUUUGUCCAAGAAAAGUCUAGAAAAGAUUUAAAAGAAAGAAAAAAUGAGCAGUGGUGGUACAGAUGAGAUGGACUGGGGAGAAUAAAAAUGUCCAAGAGAAGUUUGUAAGUUAUUUGCUGAACGGUGUACAAUGUUAACCUUCUUCUUGGUCUCCUCCAUGAAAUAGUAAAAUCUACAUUGUUUUUAAUGCUUUCUGUGAGUAGUUGCUCCGACAGGAGUGGGCAUUUAAAGAGGUGUUGAAUUCAGCAAGCCAAGUGAUAUGUGGUGUUUAAAAAACAAACAGACAAAAAAAUACUUGACUGGUUUCGGGGACCCAAAAAUUAGAGAAUAAGGGGACAUCUGGCAUGUGAGUUAUGCUCUAGCUGUGUAGAAAAAAGGAAUCUUGCUUAAACCAACUCAUGCAUUCUUGAAAAGGUAUACAAAAUUAAGUUUAUGUAAUCAAAAGGAAAUUUUCUACCAUCUCACAAGUUAAUUCCAGAAAGAUUACAUUUUACCCUUUCACCAAGCUUCCUCUGAGCGGAGGUACCUGACUUCCGCACUGUUAAAAAAAAAACAAACAAACCCAUUGCGGUCAAGUUAAUUCUGACUCAUAGUCAUGACCCUAUUUAGGACAGAGCAGAAUUGCUCCAUAGGGUUUCCAAGGAGCAGCUGGUGGAUUCAAACUGCCAACCUUUUGGCUAGCAGGCAUAGCUCUUAGCCACUGAGCCACCAGGGCUCCAGUCCCUAUUCUCAGUCUCUGUCAAGAAAUGCUCCAAAAGCCAGCAGGUGAAGACACAAGGGGGCACAGUAGUUAAAGGUACCCUGUAGUAAAACAAAAAAUUUAAAAGAGAAUAAUCAUUAAUAACUCAGCCAAUAAGUACCUAUGGGGUAGACAACCCAGAGGAUUUAAAACAAAAUUUUAUUGUUCCUUAUGGCUUAACUAGCCCCUGGAAAUGUUAUGAGUAAUUGACACCAUCUCUGCAAGUAAAAUAAGUCAUUUUCUAACUAGGAACCUGGGCUACCUGAAACCCACACCUCUGAUAAAAACUCAAAUUGAGCUCACAGACUCUUUGCUCUACACACAUCAGAAUACGUGCAGAACUUGUAGAGGUAGGAGAUGUGUGAAUUAAUGAAAAAUAACAAAUCAGUGUAGGCUAAAUGUAUUCUUGCCUUUGGAAAAAUUAACGUAGCUUUCUUUCUCCACAUUCUGUAACUUUUUCUUCACCUGGCCUCCCCAUCACCUGCUAGUCUUCUAUCCAAUUCCUUCUUGAAUCCCCCAGUCACAGAAAGGUGGCUCAGAGAAUGGCCCAAUAACCCCUGAGGGUUUGAUGUAAACAGGCAAUCCAGAGAGGAAGUGCUGAGGGAAGUUGGGCUAAUUUACCAAACAAGGGAGACUUCCAGAAUUACUGGAAUACCACUGAUUACUCUGGCACCAGGAGCCCUGGUUGCACAGUGGUUAAGCACUCAGUUGCUAACUGAAAGGUCAGCGGUUCAAACCCACCAGCAGCUCCACGGGAGAAAGAUGUGGCAGUCUGCUGUCAUAAAGAUUUACAGCUUUGGAAAUGCUAUGGGGCAGUUCUACUUUGUACUAUAGGGUCACUAUGAGUUGGAAUCAACUCAACGGCAAUUAUUCUGGCGCUGGGGGACAAAACCCUUAAAUUAAAAGAAUAGAGAAGUCAGCCAACGUCUUCUCUGGAAAGGUCCUGAGAGAGCACUUAAGCCAACGUUUGAAUGGAAGCCCAAAAGGGGGCAGGGACUUGUCCAAGUCCUCACUUGUAAUCAGUAGCCCUGCCUCCUGACUCCUCCCCAUUAUUUCCCACCAUGCUCUAUUAAUCUCCUCCUGUAGCCUUUCUGUAAUUCCACAUGUCAGCCCUACAUUGAAGCAGUCCCCAGCAUUCAAGGAUUUCCUCUACUCCUCCUUCCCCUGCCCCACCUCAAUCCCAUAUAGAUUCAGUACUGUGACCAAAUCACAGAAAAAGAGUUAGGGUCCCACUAUAUAAAAUCUCUGUCUCUCAGAAACUGAAGAAAUAUAUGACAAAGCCAUUAUUUUUUUUCCAGAAAAAAAUUAAAAGUUUGUUGUCUAAUUUGAGAUUAUGUGUAUGCAUGUCUGUAUGUUUAUAUUUAUAUAUAUGUGCAUAUAUGUGUGCAGAGCCUGG